AUGGUAAACGAAAAAUUUAUACCCAUAGAAAAUAAAAAGCCGUUCGAAACGGUAUAUGAAUUAAAAAAUGAGGUCGAAGAAAUUCGAUUACCCAUGUUGAGUGAGAUUACUGAUAAAGAUGGUAAGGUGAAAUUACCACCUGAAUUAAUUGAAAAAUUACGAGAUCCUAACGCUAGAUUUAGAACUGAUUUAGUAGUAUGUCCUGUGGGAUAUGAGGAAUGGGACGUUUUAAAAGUGUCAUGUCUGUCAUCAGGAUGUAAUAAUUCAUCUAUUACUACUGGUUGUACUAAUAGAGGAACGGAUCAAGCAACGCUUGCUGAGGCUUUACUUUUGGUUUUGUCAUCAGAUAAGGGAGUUAGUGAAGAUUUUGCGAGAUUAUUUUUGAAAAACGCAAAAGAAAGACAAACUGAACCAAUCAAAAGAGAAGAUUUAGCACAAUCGGGACGAAUAAGGGGUUUUAUGGAAACAGCAUUAUUGGCAUUAGAUAAUGAAUUAACUCAGUCUUUGCUAGACAUUUACAAUGUAUUAAAUAAUCAAGGAAAAGAAUUUUCGGAAAGAACAAGUAAUGAGGCUGGUGAAAAUAUUUCAAGAAUGACCCCAGAAGAGAGAAGAAGAAAUUUCUAUAAUACUUUUAUUGCUUCGCAGAAGAUGAUGGAAGUGGCAAAAGCAAGACAAAAAGAAUUAGAAGGAAAAACUUAUGAAGAUAUGGAAAUAAAAAAUCCAUUCUCUGGUAAUCCUGACAAAGGGAAGAAACUUUUUGGUCAAAUUAAAAAUAAACAAUCAGCAAAUCCUAGCAGUGUUAACCUUGAUAAAGUAGUUGAGAAUUUAAAAGCCGACCCUAAAAACUAUUGA